UCCUACAUGUUUGUUUGUUUGUUUUUCUAAUGUACUAAGGAUUUGCCCAUCCCUCCUCUCGUGUAAGGAGCUGCUUGCAUGAGCCUUAUGCUGUCGGGAUGGAUCUGGAGAGGCCCAGUCCUCCUUGGACAGAGUCUGGCCUCACUGCCUGCUGAGAUUUAUAUCUCAGGUCAGAUGACGCCUGCCUGUGUUCAGAACUCUGCGGUUGGGCUAAUUGUCCUGACUUGAAAAAGUUUGGGAAGCGUGGCUGCAGGUGAACCCUGAUCAGGUGUCCUUUAGCUGAUGGAAAGGGCGAGAUUGGUAAAGCUGGCUGCAUGGUGCCUUCCUGAUGAGCUGCUGGGUGCGAUCCAGGGCUCCAGAGGGGACCUGGCGGGCGCUGCCUGGCUGACGUCGGUGGCGGCGCAUCCCCUGCCCGCGCUCCCGUUUCCAUGGCUCGGGCGUCGCAUGUGAUUACGCGCCGGCAUCAGGGAGAGCAGCUCCAGCACUGCUGGGAAUUUCCAGCUUUGGGGUUUUAUUUAGGAUUUUGCUCUUUCCCCCUGUCGGUGUGCAGCGGCUCAGGCACUGUUCCCUGGCUGGUGGCGGUGCUCUGUCUCAGCACCCCAGUAGUAAUGGGAGGGGUUUGUUUCUGUGGGGUCCCUUUGCUGGUGCCGGUCAGAGCAGGCAUUAGAAAUCAAGGCUGUAGUUGCCACGCAGUGGCAGAAAUUAGAUUGGGGGUUUCGUUGAGGUGGCGGGAAUUAGAUAGGGUAAUGAAUUGAAGUGAGAUGCACUUCCUGCACUUAAAAAUAAAAAUGCCCCUCCCCCAACUAAACCCAUGCACCAAAAAAAAAAAGCCCCCCAAAACCCCAAUCCUACCCCGAAACAGCUGCUAGCAGAACUAUUUUUGCAUCUGGCUCGUUCUCAGGGGGUUACAAAUACUUUGUCCAGUGACGCAGCGUGGCUGAAUGCUUCCUCCUCCUCUGGCCUUCCCUGCUGUGGGGUGUCUGGGGAUGGCUGUGCAUGCUGGUCUUCUGCCAGUGAAAUCAAGCAUAUUUUCCUGGGCUGGGACUAGUGGGUUUCUUGUCAUUAGUGGUGGGUUUAGGAUCUUUUUCUGCCCUACAGACAUGAUUGUACUGGCUCAGACCCACCGUCACCUCACCAAGGCUGACACAAAGUGCUGCAGGGGGGAGGUCAAAAAAAAGCCCUUCCAAAGAGGAUGAUUAUGGAUUAAUCUUAUUUCUCCUCAGCUCCCUUUGAUCGGUUCAUCCUCUGUGCAGCAGAACCCUUUAUAUCCCCACUUUUCUCAUUAAUCCAUCUUGUCCUGUAGCGAGUUUGCCAGCUGAGGUUACCUGUCCUGCGGGUGUGAUACCUUAGGAUGACAAGUGUGAUGGGACAGGCAGCAGAGUGGCUGCACCGUGGGCAGUGUCCUAUCUGUCUGCCAACCCGGGAAUCGGGAAGAUUUUUUAGACUCUGUGGCCGGCUAUUUGGUCCAACAAAAAAACCCCAGCAGCCGAGUGGCUCCUGAGCUUGUGGCCUGUCCAGCACAGUCCCAGGCUCCUGGGAGAGGAACUGGCUGCAGGCAGAGGUUUGGGGCCAGGACUGCUGUCCUGACGGAUGGGAUCCGUACCCUCUGCUCGCUGUGUGUGUGCAGUGAGCUGCGGGACGGCUGAGCUCUUUCCCAAGGAAGGAGAGGAGAAGAAACGCAUGUUUGGCAUGACAGUGACCGCAGGAGCUAUCAGGAGGAGAGCUGGGGUGAGUCGGGCAGCCAGAACGACUUGAGACUUAAUUGGUUUUUGCACAGGCAGUUUCAGGUUGAAGGUGUCUGGAGAGGAGAGGAAGAAAUCUCCCGGUUAACUGCUGCUGGGGUGGUGAAACCAAAGUGUUCAGCUGUUUGUUUCUGUUUGCGUUUCCUUCUCUUUGGUAAUUGAGGGCAUUGGGAAAGUUGGUGUUUGAGUUCUGGUUCUGCCUCAGGCUUCAAGCGUCUGCCGAGGCUCCGCAGUGCCGUUCAUCCAGCUCUGCUGCUGCCGGUCCUCGCUGAGUUGAGCAGGAUCAGGUCUGGUCUGCAGCGAAAAGGCGACUAGGUGUCUCCCUCGCAUCUGUUUGCAGCACGCCGGACGGAGGAGGCUGGGAUAAGGCUGCUCUGGAAAAUUCACCUCAAAGCCAAAUUUCAGCUUGAAGUUGUUUUUUGUGACUUCUGUGCCCAUCCAGGCAGGAAUGUGCUGUGAGGAGCUGGGGUUUUGUGAUAGUGACCUGAACUUCAGUGGCAAAAAUCCCCAGCAUCUGCAUGGGUUAAGUCAGAUGUUUGAGUAAGGCUCAGACUGAUUAACUGCAGAGCUUUGUAGGCACCAAAAGCUUGUUUUUCCUGUUCACCUUAAAUUAUUUUAAUGAUCCUGGAGCCUGUGGAAAGUCUCCUGAGCAGGAAUAUUUGUAGCUCCCACUGCAAAAUCCUGGACCAGAGUGUGCGUGCAGCACCUACGAAACCUGGCAGCGGGGCAGGAGCAGAGGGAGAGCUGUGGGUGCAAGCUGAGUGGGCCCGACAGCCACUUGAGCCACUGGCCUGUAAAACAAGCGGCGUGUGGGUUCAUUUACUGCUCGGCACCAGUGCCACAGCACCAAAACCGGUCUGGAUGCAGCUGAGGAACGCCAGGGACUUUACUGUCAGCUUGAAAUGUGGCUUUUGGCAAACACUUUGGUUGCUCUCGGUGUUUUUUCUGCUCACGACAGCGACCAUCAAGACUAGGGAUUGUUUGUCUUAAUGUUUUUUUUAAUACUUUUAUUCUGUGUUCACACAAUUACCGUGUGCUGCCUGUUGAUAUUCUGUUGUGAUGCAGCUGCAGCUCCUGGUAAAGGCUUCUCCAUAACUUGGCUUUCGCAGGGUUUAUGAGACCAGAGAAAUCCAUUCCCUCUCCUGGGACGUGCUGGGCUGCAGCCCAGCGCGCUCUGACUUCUCCAUGGAGCUGAUGUGGCUCGGCACCCGGGGCAGGAGGAGUGGUUGGAGAAGAACCGGGGUGCUUUAUUCUGUUUUUUCUCCCCUCUCUCCUGCAUGGAGAUGGCUAUAGGCUGUUGGUACCAAGAAAUAUUUUCACCAGAAGCUGUAUUGAUAUGACUUUUCUACUUGGGGGGAAGCUCUACAGUAUAUAUUGCCCUCUCCUCCCCAGCUGGAGUAGUCAGAGUUGUGUCAGACUGUUUUCAGAGCAGCAGUCGCUCAACACAUUUUUUAAUUUAAGCUAUUUGCUUUUCACGAUAGGAAUUAAAACCCUCCCAUUGAGCGCUGGUGGCCGACAGGCCCAAUCGAGGGCUCCCUGUUCCUCCGCCUGCCUGGGGCCAGAGCAUGAGUCACGGGUCGUGCUGGGAAUAGACCGGAGAUUCCUGCCUGUGUCCCGUGUUUACGCUGCUGCCGCCUCUGUUUUGGGAACUGUAACCAAGGAAAGCUGCUCUGUGGUGAUGCUGGCUGGGCUCGGGUGAGCUCUCUGGAGGGAAGAAGGAGCCAUGGCCCGGUGCCGUGUGGAGCAGGGAGCCACUGACUGCGGGGCUGGAUCCCUUCUGGAAAAUGGCAGGGCUGGUAUCGAACUGCGAUCUCCGCUCUCCUGCGGCCUCUGGUCCUGCGUCUCGUAGGGGAGGACUCCUCCUGACCCAGUUAAACUAACGAGGGCCAUCGUUUUAGGGUAUAGCCGUGAUGCAAUGAUGGCGUGACUCCCCCAUACGGCAUGCAUGCUGGCACAACGAGGGUGUGCCCGGGGCAGGUGCCUUUUUGCCAUGGGUGCUACCACCACCCCCUAGCCUGAGAUGUGCUGCAGGGGUUUAAAUGUGCUUUGGGGGUCUGAAGCCCCCUCCAAAUAGCUCAGGGGGGCGCCGCGGGCCACAGCCCUCUCCCAGUGCCCAGCAAGCCAUGUGGUGUGGUUACUCCUAACCCAAUCACUGUGUGCCCUGGGCAACUGGUGUUGCCAAAUGGCUUGUCACCAGUUCCCAGCGUGUCUUGUGGCAGACUCUGUGCAGUGGCAUGGUGCCAUCCCCAGGCAUAGGAUGGCUUAAUGUCACCCGCUUAGCUCUGACAGCGCUUGAUCCCUAAAGGAGGCCAGACAUGGGCUGUGAUUCCUGCGGGUCCCUACUCUUUUUGGCUGGGUGCCUGACUCCCUGUGACUCUUGGUGAAGAAAUGAAGCUGUCAGUGCUGCUGAAAGAGAGCUGGGUGAUGGCAGAGCUACGAGGAACUUCCCUGGGGGAGGCCGUAACCGGGUGAGAAACCUGCUGAGACGAGGAGGGUGAGCCCUGAGUUGGCCACUGAAGCCAGUCUGACGAGGCUCGUGCUCCUCCAACUUUGAAGCUGAACAGGUCGGGGCCUGCCGAGCGGCUGAUUUCCUUCUCCCUUGAUGUUUUGGCAUGAUACCAGUGGCUGCGCCGAAUGGCUUUGUGUGGGUUGCAGUGCUAAGAGGAGCCCCUGGCUUGGCUGGCGCGUGCCUGCAGCAGUGGAAGAUGGCUGCCUUCAAACGGAGCCGAGCGCAAGCAUGGCCGGAGGAAUGGGGUGAUCGGGAGCAUGGGCUGUACAGCCUGCACCGCAUGUUCGACAUCGUGGGCACCCACCUGACCCACCGGGAUGUGCGGGUGCUCUCCUUCCUCUUCGUCGACGUGAUCGACGAUUAUGAGAGGGGGAUGAUCCGCAGUGGCCGGGACUUCUUGCUGGCGCUGGAGCGGCAGGGCCGCUGCGACGAGACCAACUUCCGACAGGUGCUGCAGUUGCUGCGGAUCAUCACUCGCCACGACCUGCUGCCCUACGUCACCCUCAAGAGGCGACGGGCUGUGUGUCCGGACCUGGUGGACAAGUACCUGGAGGAGACGUCCAUUCGCUACGUGACGCCCCGAGCUCACAGCGAGGCAGAGCAUGGGCUCGGCCACCCCCAUAAAUCAGUGCCUCCCCACCACCCUGUGGUCUGCUGCUCCUCUGCGGGACCCCAGAUCUGUACCAAGAGGCCCGGCCGUGGCAGGACCCUCCUCAGCAGCCAGCGCAAGAGGAGGAAGUCAGCAACGCCGGACCCUAAGGAGAAGCAGACCUGUGAUAUCCGCCUGCGGGUCCGAGCUGAGUACUGCCAGCAUGAGACAGCGCUUCAAGGCAAUGUCUUCUCCAACAAGCAGGACCCCUUGGAGCGUCAGUUUGAGCGCUUCAACCAGGCCAACACCAUUCUGAAGUCCCGGGACCUGGGCUCCAUCAUCUGUGACAUAAAAUUCUCAGAGCUCACCUACCUCGACGCGUUCUGGCGUGAUUACAUCAACGGCUCUUUGCUGGAAGCCCUCAAGGGCGUCUUCAUCACGGACUCGCUCAAACAAGCCGUGGGCCAUGAAGCCAUCAAACUGCUGGUCAAUGUGGAUGAGGAGGAUUACGAGGUCGGGCGCCAGAAACUCCUGAGGAACUUGAUGCUGCAGACGGCUCCCUGACUGCCUGAUGGCUGCUCGGUGGGAUCCAAGCUUUUUCCUUCUUUUUUUUUCUUUUUUUUUUUUCUAAAAGAAAAGGAAAAGAUGAUCGGGACCCCCACCCGGUACUGUGCAACUCUGGGUUCAGAGCCGGGCUGGAGCCACGGGGAGCGCCAGAGGCUUACAUGUUUCCUCACCCCUUUCCUGUCCUGUCCCUUCCUCUCUCACUUUGUUUUCCUUUUUUCUCUUUUAUUUUGUAUCCAUUAAAAACAAAAAGGCAAAAAUCCCGCCUGGGGCAUGUCAGUGACAGGGCUGGGCGAGCUGGGGGUGGGGGGAGGUGGUUGGUGGAGGUUUGUACUGGGAUGGGCUCAGCCCUGUGGUGCCCAUGCCAGGUUCGGGGGUGGCUUUGUCUCCCUCCUGCCCUUGUGUCACCGUCCUGGCGGGCUCUGUGUGCUGGGAGCUGCCCUGCAGGUAGUGCUAUUCCCCACCCCGUUUCUCCCUCAAAUAACAACCCCCCCCAUUGCCUCAGUGGGUUUCUCAGGAGUAAAACCGUCCCCGUGGCGUCCCCUGGACCAUGUGCCUUCGUGUCCCCCUCCCCUGCGGGGGCCCGGGGGGGAGGACCAGUGCCGAGGGAUGCCCCGAAAUCUCUUGCCUGUCCCCCUGCCUCUUCUCUCCCCUCCAUGGCUGCCUGGCUCUGUCCCUCCCCUCUCCAGCUGGCAACUGGGACAAACUGGGACAAGGGGCAGGUUGGGGCAGCAUGAUCUGCCUGUUGCUGGCAGCAGGCAGCUGAGCCUCUGCCUGCACGUGUUGGAGGGCAGCUGGCAGUGUGCAGUGCGUGGCUGCCUGGCCCAUGCCUUGGCUCCCUGUCCCUGGAGAGCCCCCAAAAUGGCUGUCCCCCGCCCCCAUCUGCUGCCUGUGGGUCCUUGGGGUGAGGGGAUUUUUUUCCAGCUCCAUCCUGGUUUUGUGUUUUUUUUCUCCCCAUCCCUGCUCGGCUGCUGGGGGGUACAGACCCCCUCCUGGGUAGGGGGCAGCUCCCCGGGACUCAUGGUGUGUGUGCCCCCCCUCCCCUGCCCUGGGGCACGCAGCCCCCCUCUGCUUAUGGACGAUUCUGGCACAACUUGGUGUAAUUUCUGUGACUUCUGUAUUUUUUAAACUUCAAUAUAAUGGUCAUAUUCCCUGUGUAGCUUUCGGGUUUCUUGAAAUAAACAUCUACCGCAGUGCCUGGCUGGCUCCUUCUGCCC